UUGCCACUCGUCCUACGCAGUCCGAGUCAAGCACCUCCUCCUCGCGGUCUGUUUCAGAGCGCCCCCUCAAACACAGUUGGGAGCUACUAGCCUAACACAAGCUAACUAGUCAAGCGUGAGACCGAGACAUUAUCAAGAAAACAACAAACUAGCUAGCUACCUAUUGGCCAGUCAUGGCAGCCAUCCGAAAGAAACUGGUCAUAGUGGGAGACGGAGCGUGCGGGAAGACCUGUCUGCUCAUCGUAUUCAGUAAAGACCAGUUCCCCGAGGUCUACGUGCCCACUGUCUUCGAGAACUACGUCGCUGACAUUGAGGUCGACAGCAAACAGGUUGAGUUGGCACUAUGGGAUACAGCAGGCCAGGAGGACUAUGAUAGGCUCCGUCCCCUCUCUUACCCAGAUACUGAUGUCAUCCUCAUGUGCUUCUCCAUUGAUAGCCCCGACAGUUUGGAAAACAUCCCGGAGAAGUGGACUCCAGAAGUCAAACACUUCUGCCCUAACGUUCCCAUUAUCCUAGUGGGCAACAAAAAGGACCUGCGUAACGACGAGCACACCCGCAGAGAGCUAGCCAAGAUGAAGCAGGAGCCUGUGAAGCCAGAGGAGGGGCGUGACAUGGCGAACCGGAUCAGUGCCUUCGGCUACAUGGAGUGCUCCGCAAAGAGCAAGGAUGGGGUGAGGGAAGUGUUUGAGAUGGCCACGAGGGCGGCGCUACAGGCCCGGCGGGGGAAGCAGAGACAUAAAUGCCUCCUACUGUAAAAGGAGGGAAGGCGUGAGGAACACGGCCUCCCACUGGGUACAAGGGGAACGAUAGAAGAUAAGAAAUUAGGUCUAUUCCCCCCUUUGCUCCAAAAAAGACUGUGCUCACCAGUUUUUACUAAAGGUGUAAUGCUUUUAAUUUUCUGUCUUAAAGCAAAACAAGUUAAAUAGUCAUGGUUUUGUCAGUAUUCAAUGUUGAUGAUGGGGUUAUGGAAAUGCUUUUUUGUACUUGUACAUGAGUGAAUCUGCCAUAUCAACAUUUCCCUUCUGAACCUGUACGGCCAUGUAACUGAUGUAGUCAGCCAGAGGUGUAAUCAUUAGUCCAAAACGUUUUGCAACGGAAACUUAAUUUCUAAUGGACAAAUUCAGGUAGGUCCCUCCCCGUUUUUGAUCGGUUUUUGUUCUUCGUGAAUACACCACAGGGGAUCUAUUGUUGUGUCAUACCUGCCAAUUAAGUGCUUGAGCCCUGCCCACUGAACUGAGGAACAUUACCACAGCCAAUCAGGGAGGGGUACCUAUACACUGUGACCCAUAGUCUUUAUGAUUCUUUUGUAAUUUUUGAUUUAUGCACAGGCAUAAAAUUGUUGAAAUAAAUGUGCUUCAUAUAAAACCC